AUGUCCUUCGCUCUCGUCACAAGGCGAUCGGGACUCUCGCUAGGCCGCCGUAUGGUGCGCUUCGAGUCGACCUCGACAACAACAAAGGCCGCCGAUGCCGCCAAGCAAACCGCCUCCAAGGCCGCCUCCACCACGUCCGAGUACGCUGCCAAGGCAUCACAGGGCCUCUCGCGCGUCACCGCGGCCGCCGGUCCUGCCAUUGCCAACGCUGCAAAGGGUGUCACGGGUGCGCUGGGCCGCGUCGGUGGCCGCACCGGCCGAUUGGUCGCCUUCGUCGAGCGUCAAACCCCCUUCGUCGUCUAUUACUCCAAGGUCGGCCUUGAGCUAGCCAAGAUCGUCUUCAAGGGCCAGAACAUGACCCCUCCGUCCGUCUCGACUUUCCAGACGUACUUCCGCAACUUCUGGGCCCGCCUCCAGAACCCCGGCGCCCUCUUCCAGAGCGCCCUCUCCUCGUCCAGCUUUGCUCUUAACGUAGUGCGGAACGUCUCGAGGAUACAAGUAGUAUCGGUCGGUGUCAUAUUUGCCGAGUGCGUGGGCUUCUUCACCGUGGGCGAGAUGAUUGGCAGACUCAAGAUUGUCGGCUACCACGGCGAGCCUCCUGUUGCCCACCACUAG